AUUGUGAAAGACUGGAACCGGGACACUUCCGGUGGGGAAGGUCGGCUCUGGGCUGAGUUUUGAAGCUUCGUAACAACAAACUGAAGAAAAGCAAGAAGAGAGCGGCACAAACUCCACAUAAACGAAUCGGUUUGAGGGUGCCGACUGCUCACAUCCAUCAACAUGGGGGAACUCUUCAGAAGCGAAGAGAUGACGCUGGCUCAGCUCUUCCUCCAGUCCGAAGCUGCCUACUGUUGUGUCAGCGAGCUGGGGGAGAUCGGGAUGGUGCAGUUUCGUGACCUGAAUCCCGACGUUAAUGUCUUCCAGCGAAAAUUCGUCAAUGAAGUGCGACGAUGUGAAGAGAUGGAUCGUAAACUGAGGUUUGUGGAAAAAGAGAUAAAGAAGGCCAACAUCCAGAUCAUCGACACAGGAGAGAACCCGGAGGUUCCCUUUCCCAGGGACAUGAUUGACAUGGAGGCCACUUUUGAGAAGCUGGAGAACGAGCUGAAGGAAAUCAACACGAACCAGGAGGCCCUGAAGAAGAACUUCCUGGAGCUGACUGAGCUCAAGCACAUCCUGCGGCGCACGCAGCAGUUUUUUGAUGAGAUGGAGGAUCCCAGUUUACUGGAGGAGUCGUCCAUGCCCCUGGACCCCAACGAGCCCACCAGAGUGGCUCCACUCAGGCUGGGGUUUGUGGCGGGGGUCAUUGGGAGGGAGCGCAUUCCCACGUUUGAGAGGAUGCUGUGGAGAGUCUGCCGAGGAAACGUGUUCCUCCGACAGGCAGACAUCGAGGAUCCUCUGGAGGACCCGGCCACUGGCGACCAGGUCCACAAGUCCGUCUUCAUCAUAUUUUUCCAGGGAGACCAGCUGAAGAAUCGAGUGAAGAAGAUCUGUGAGGGAUUCAGAGCUACUUUGUACCCAUGUCCCGAAACCCCCCAGGAGAGGAAGGAGAUGCUGGCUGGAGUGAACACUCGCAUCGACGACCUGCAGAUGGUGCUGAACCAGACGGAGGAUCACAGGCAGCGGGUCCUGCAGGCUGCCGCUAAGACCGUCAGAGUUUGGUUCAUCAAGGUGAGGAAGAUGAAGGCCAUCUACCACACGCUCAACCUCUGCAACAUCGACGUCACCCAGAAGUGUCUGAUCGCCGAGGUGUGGUGUCCCGUCUCCGACCUGGACGCCAUCCAGUUCGCCCUGCGCCGGGGGACGGAGAAGAGCGGCUCCACCGUGCCUUCCAUUCUGAACAGGAUGCAGACCAAACAGACCCCGCCCACCUACAACAAGACCAACAAGUUCACCUCGGGCUUCCAGAACAUCGUGGACGCUUAUGGAAUCGGCAACUACCGCGAGAUUAACCCAGCUCCAUACACCAUCAUCACCUUCCCCUUCCUGUUCGCCGUCAUGUUUGGCGACCUGGGCCACGGGACGCUCAUGACGUGCGCCGCUCUGUACCUGGUGCUGAGGGAGAGCAGGCUGAUGGCCCAGAGGAGCGACAACGAGCUGUUCAACAUGGUGUUCGCCGGCCGGUACAUCAUCCUCCUGAUGGGAAUCUUCUCCAUGUACACGGGCAUCAUUUACAACGACUGCUUCUCCAAGUCGCUCAACGCGUUCGGCUCCGGGUGGAGCGUCAGGCCCAUGUUCAUGCCCCAGCGGGGCGGCAACUGGACGCCUGACACUCUCACUGGAAACCGGAUUUUGCAGUUGGACCCGGUAGUGGAGGGAGUCUUCAAAGGGCCGUACCCCAUCGGCAUCGACCCCAUUUGGAACAUUGCUCUCAAUAAGCUGACAUUCCUGAACUCCUUCAAGAUGAAGAUGUCUGUGAUCCUGGGAGUCAUCCACAUGCUGUUCGGAGUCACUCUUAGUCUCUUCAAUCAUUUGUAUUUCCAGAAGCCGAUCAAUAUUUACCUGGGCUUCAUCCCAGAGAUCGUCUUCAUGUCCAGCCUGUUCGGCUACCUCGCCAUCCUCAUCUUCUAUAAAUGGCUGGCCUACGACGCUCAGACGUCCCGGGAGGCUCCCAGCCUCCUCAUCGCCUUCAUCAACAUGUUCCUCUUCAGCUACAGCGACCCCACUAACAAGCCCCUGUACAGAGGGCAGAUGGGCCUGCAAACCUUCCUGGUCCUGAUCGCCCUGGCCUGCGUUCCCUGUAUGCUCAUAGUGAAAACUCUGAUUCUCAGGAGGCAGUAUUUGUGGCGGAAACAUUUGGGCACGCAGAACUUCGGCGGGAUCCGGGUGGGGAACGGGCCCACCGAGGACGAGGCGGAGAUCAUCCAGCACGACCAGCUGGCCCAGCAGAGCGACGACGAGCCCGAGCGUUCCCUUUUGUCACCUGCUUUCAAGGCCUGUGAAGAGGAAGAGUUUAACUUUGCGGACGUGGCGGUCCACCAGGCCAUUCACACCAUCGAGUACUGCCUUGGCUGCAUCUCCAACACCGCCUCCUACCUGCGGCUGUGGGCGCUCAGCCUGGCUCACGCCCAGCUGUCCGAGGUGCUGUGGACCAUGGUGAUGCACAUCGGCUUCUCCAGCCGCGGCCUGGCGGGGUUCUUCCUCCUCUCCAUCUUCUUCGCGGCGUUUGCCGUCCUCACAGUCGCCAUUCUUCUCAUCAUGGAGGGCCUGUCGGCGUUCCUGCACGCCCUGCGCCUGCACUGGGUGGAGUUUCAAAACAAGUUCUACUCGGGCCAGGGCUUCAAGUUCCUCCCCUUCACCUUCGAGAGCAUCCUGGAGGGCCGAUCGGAGGAGUGAGAGCCGCGCUCCCUCUCUCUCUCUCUCUCUCUCUGCUGUGGUGUUGAUUUCUCCCUGGUCUUUAUAGAACUGAGCGAACUCCUAGUCUCACUUUUCACUCACAACUCAUUCCUACACUUUACCUUUCGUGUCUUUGUCUCUGUGAAGUCUUUAUUUUAUCUGUGUUUUUUAUUUAGUUUGAUAUUAUUUAUACAGGUUUUUCCUUCAUGAAGUGUGUGUUUGUCGUUCUGGGGGAGCGUUGCACUGUGAAUCAACGGAAGCAGAUUUUUUUUCCCGUGUAGCGAGAGGCAGACGUUCUAUUUACUACACCUCGUGAAUGAAGCAGCUCAUCUAUUCAUUAAAAAAAAAAAACACACACUCACUCACGCAAUCCCUCUUUUACACAAGCCCGAUCUGAAACAGU